GGUCGCGUCAUGCAGUGUACGCCGUCGCGCGCCUGCGCUCCUUUCCACGUGCGUCAGCCCCAGUCGCGUGGAGCCCGGGAAGCCGCUGAUACCUGAGGCGCGCAGCUCGGCGCUCGCUAUGAAACCAGGGUUCAGCCCCCGCGGGGGCGGCUUCGGUGGCCGCGGUGGCUUUGGUGACCGCGGAGGUCGCGGCGGCGGCCGUGGAGGAUUCGGCGGAGGCCGAGGAGGCUUCGGCGGGGGCCGAGGUCGUGGCGGAGGAGGCGGCUUCAGGGGCCGUGGACGAGGAGGAGGAGGAGGAAGAGGUGGCGGGUUCCAGUCUGGUGGCAACCGGGGUCGUGGUCGGGGAGGAAAGAAAGGAAACCCAUCGGGGAAGAAUGUGAUGGUAGAGCCCCAUCGACAUGAGGGCGUCUUCAUCUGUCGAGGAAAGGAAGAUGCGCUGGUCACCAAGAACCUGGUCCCUGGGGAAUCCGUUUACGGAGAGAAGAGAGUCUCGAUUUCGGAGGGAGAUGACAAAAUUGAAUACCGUGCCUGGAACCCCUUCCGUUCCAAGCUGGCAGCUGCGAUCCUGGGCGGGGUGGACCAGAUCCACAUCAAGCCAGGGGCCAAGGUGCUCUACCUCGGGGCUGCCUCAGGCACCACCGUCUCCCACGUCUCUGAUAUCGUCGGCCCGGACGGUCUGGUCUAUGCAGUUGAGUUCUCCCACCGUUCUGGCCGUGACCUCAUUAACUUGGCCAAGAAGCGGACCAAUAUUAUUCCUGUCAUUGAAGAUGCUCGGCACCCGCACAAAUACCGCAUGCUCAUCGCAAUGGUGGAUGUGAUCUUUGCCGACGUGGCCCAGCCAGACCAGACCCGGAUUGUAGCCCUGAAUGCCCACACCUUCCUGCGUAACGGAGGACACUUUGUGAUUUCCAUUAAGGCUAACUGCAUUGACUCCACAGCCUCCGCCGAGGCCGUCUUUGCCUCUGAAGUGAAAAAGAUGCAGCAGGAGAACAUGAAGCCCCAGGAGCAGCUGACCCUAGAGCCGUACGAGAGAGACCACGCCGUGGUCGUGGGCGUGUACAGGCCACCUCCCAAAGUGAAGAACUGAAGCCCAGCGCCAUCUGGAUCGCCAGAGAAUGUGUUGCUACUGUUACACGUUUGUUUUUCUAUUAAAAGACUCAUCAGUC